GAUCAAGCACGGCCUCCGCCAGCCGGAAGCGCAGGCGGACGGACGGCCUUUUGUCCCAGAGGACUGGGACUCGGCGUUCAAGCCGACGCUCGGGUCCUAUGUCAAGUUCGUGCUGAGCCGGCCCGACCAGUUCCGCGUCGUGGAGGGCGCCGCGCCGGGGCUGUACACGGUCAAGAACGUGGCGACCAACCGGGUGGCCACG